UAAACAUUGUCAAAGCAAAAUGGCCUCUGGUGGUUCCCGUGAUUAUAAGUCCUUGUCUGUGUUUACACCACUUGCUCCAUCUCAGCACCAACCAGACAAUACAAUUUUGGAAUGCAGAGUGUGCAAUGAGGUCUUCCGGUUUCAAGGAGACAAAGUCCCACGUCUGCUGGUGUGUGGACACACGUGCUGUCAUCAAUGUUUGACACGGUUGCCUCUACACGGACGAGCUCUAUUAUGCCCAUUUGACAGACAGCCGACAGAAAUCGGUGACUCGGGAGUCUGGGGGCUAAAGAAAAACUUUGCUCUGCUAGAGUUGCUGGAGAAACUCCAGUAUCCUCCGCUAAGCCCAUCGAGAUCCUUGCCAGAUAGUGUACUUGCUAGAGAACAAAGUCUUUCUAUUACCUGUGAUGAAAAUGAGCUGCAUACGGCCAUCUUGUUCUGCACUGUGUGUAGCACACAUCUAUGUGUGGAAUGCUCGGAGAACACCCACUCCACCCGCACCCUGGCUCGCCACAAACGUGUCCCGAUAUCAGAAAAGCCCAAAGAAAACCCCAAAUGUUCGUAUCAUCCCAUGCACCUGGUGGAGUUUGCCUGUCUGGAGGAAGAGUGCAAGUCUUCUCCUCUGAUGUGCUACAUCUGUAAAGACUACGGGCGACAUAUGAAGCAUAAGCAUGCUUUAUUAGAGACUGAGGCAGAAAGUGUUCGGACAUCAAUCAAAAGCGCCGUCCAGCAUAUACGAUCGUUUGCCGAGGAAGUGACCGAUUCUGCCCGUAAACUGAGCGGAGUUAUUCAGCAGAUUGAGGGCGCUAUGACUGUAAUCCAGAGCUCGGAAGGCGACGCCACGCCUCAACAAGUGACGGGAACAGCAGAACAAGCCAGACUCAAGAUCAAGACAUAUUUCAACGAGCUGCGAGAAAACCUUAGUCGGCAGGAGAUUGCGGCGUUGGCGGCCGUGGACACACACAUCAGGGAGAAGCUUUGCUCUCUGCGCCAACAGCAGGAGGACAUGGCUAUCCUCAUGUCGCAGAUCUCUGCCGUCUGCCACCAGUGUGAGAACACGCUGCAACAGGACGACACCAAGAUUCUGUUGGCCAAGCCGGAGGUUGGGAACCUGCUUGACACUCUACAGAAGCAGCAGCAGCAGUUUAUGGGUCUGCCGGACCAGAUAGCCUUAGAGCCAACCAUCCCUAUCACAUUCACUAAGGAUAACCGAGUGCAUAUAGGACCAAAAAUCGAAAUGCGAGUGGUCACCCUAGGUCUUGAUGGUGCGGGCAAAACAAGCAUUCUUUUCAAAUUGAAACAGAAUGAAUUUAUACCAACAAUACCGACAAUAGGUUUUAAUGUGGAGACAGUGGAAUACAAAAACUUCAAGUUUACGAUCUGGGACGUCGGCGGUCAACACAAGAUCAGGCCUCUGUGGAAACACUACUACUUCAAUACUCAAGCUGUGAUCUUUGUGGUAGACAGCAGCAAUCGAGAGCGACUUGACGAGGCACAGGGAGAGCUGGUGAAGCUGGUGCAUGAGAAGGAGCUGAAGGACGCGUCGCUCCUCAUCUUUGCCAACAAGCAGGACGUGGACGGCUGUGUGACCAUCGAGGAGAUCACGGACCAGUUCGGCCUGCUCAAGCUGUGCUGUAACCGCAGCUGGCACCUGCAGGCGUGCGACGGGAUGAGCGGCCACGGGCUGGCUGACGGGCUCGAGUGGCUGUCGCGACAGAUGGUGGCCGCCGGCGCGCCCGAAUUGGCUUAGUAGUCGUGUGAUCAACUGGUUUAGUCAUGUGAUCAACUGGUUUAGUCAUGUGAUCAACUGGUUUAAUCAUGUUGUCAAUUGGUGUAGUCAUGUGAUCAACUGGUGUAUGAUAAUCAUGUGAUCAACUGGCUUAAUCAUGUGAUCAACUGGUUUAGUCAUGUGAUCAACUGGUUUAAUCAUGUUGUCAAUUGGUGUAGUCAUGUGAUCAACUGGCUUAGCUGUGUGAUUAACUGGUGUAGUCAUGUGAUCAACUGGUAUACGGUAGUCAUGUGAUGAACUGGCUUACUCAUGUGAUGAACUGGCUUACUCAUGUGAUGAACUGGUGUAGUCAUGUGAUCAACUGGUAUAUGGUAGUCAUGUGAUCAACUGGCUUAGUCAGGUGAUUAACUGGUGUAGUCAUGUGAUCAACUGGUAUACGGUAGUCAUGUGAUGAACUGGCUUAGUCAGGUGAUUAACUGGUGUAGUCAUGUGAUCAACUGGUAUUAGGUACCACAAGCGAAAUUUUUUUGGAACAAUAUUGACGUUUAAACCUCAGGAGAUCAAAUCUACUCUAUGAAAUAAGAACAU